CCUCUUCUUCUUCUAUAUAUUCUUCACACAUUACUAUUUCCUCUUCCCACUUCAUUCUAAAAAAUUUCACUACACCCUCAACUCAACUCUUUUUUCUCCAAAUCCAAUUCUCUCAAGCUAAGGCCUAACCAGUUUCAAAAAAGCUAAGGCCUAGCCAAUAGCCAUAUAUACAUAAUUAUUUAUUCAUUUAUUUCAAAAUUUGGUUAAUUGCAACAAUUAAUGAUGGAGAUUCAAGAGAACAAUCUAGAAUCAUGGUCAGAGACAUCGAGCACUGGAAGCAGAAGCACUAGAGUGGGCUUCAGUGGGCCGAUGAGCGGCCCAUUAGUCUCUUCCAACAAACGAAACAGCAGCAAGAAGAGCGCCAGAUUCAAAGACGAAGAGGAUUUCGUCGAGAUCACGCUCGAUGUCCGCGACGACACCGUUUCCGUCCAGAACAUCCGCGGCGGCGACUCCGAGACGGCGCUGCUGGCAACUCGCCUGGAGAAGCGGCCGUCGGGUCUGUCCGAGCGCCUCCGGCAGGUGUCACGGGAGCUGAAGCGGAUGACGUCGUCGAAGAAGUUCGACGCGACGGACAGGGGCAAAUCCGGCGCUGCUCGCGCCCUCAAAGGGCUCAAGUUCAUGACCAACAAGAACGUUGGUACUGAAGGCUGGUCACAGAUUGAGAAGCGAUUCGAUGAGUUGGCCGUUGAGGGAAAACUCCCCAAAACGCGCUUUAGCCAGUGCAUAGGAAUGCAAGAGUCCAGGGAUUUUGCUGGUGAGUUAUUUGAUGCGUUAGCUCGUCGUCGGGGCAUAACAUCAGCUUCCAUAACCAAGGAUGAGCUGCAUGGAUUCUGGGAACAAAUUACCGAUCAUAGCUUCGAUUCGAGGCUGCAGACCUUCUUUGAUAUGGUGGACAAAAAUGCUGAUGGACGAAUUACUGGAGAAGAAGUUCAAGAGAUUAUCGGCUUAAGUGCUUCUGCUAAUAAGCUGUCAAAAAUACAAGAAAGAGCAGAAGAAUAUGCAGCCCUUAUCAUGGAGGAGUUGGAUCCGGACAACCUUGGAUUCAUUGAGCUAUACAACUUGGAAAUGCUUCUUCUGCAAGCCCCAGCACAAUCAACUCACAUGCACACAGAUAGUCGAGUGUUAAGCCAAAUGCUGAGCCAGAAACUAGUCCCAACAAAAGAGCACAACCCCAUCAAGCGGAAUUAUCAGGCAUUGACCUAUUUCAUUGAAGACAAUUGGAAACGAAUUUGGGUUAUAGCCCUUUGGCUUUCCAUUUGUGCUGCCCUUUUCACUUGGAAGUUCAUCCAGUACAAGAAUCGUGAUGCAUUUCAUGUCAUGGGAUAUUGUCUCACGGUCGCCAAGGGUGCUGCCGAGACACUCAAGUUCAACAUGGCUUUAAUCUUGUUGCCUGUCUGCAGAAACACCAUCACUUGGCUCAGGACCAAGACCAAAUUAGGAAUGGCGGUUCCAUUUGAUGAUAACAUCAACUUUCACAAGGUGAUAGCUUUUGGCAUUGCAAUUGGUGUUGGAUUGCAUGCUAUUGCGCAUUUGACAUGUGACUUUCCAAGGAUAUUGCACGCAACAGAUGAGGAGUAUAAGUUCGUGAGCUCAGCCUUUGGAGAGAAGAGGCCUAACAACUAUUGGUGGUUUGUGAAAGGAACCGAGGGUUGGACUGGGGUAACUAUAGUGGUACUUAUGGCUAUAGCUUUUACUCUGGCUCAACCUUGGUUCAGAAGAAACAGGCUAAACCUCCCCAAAGCUUUGAAGAGACUUACUGGUUUCAAUGCCUUUUGGUACUCCCAUCACCUCUUUGUCAUUGUCUAUGCGCUUCUCAUUGUUCACGGCUACUACCUAUACCUCUCCAAGAAAUGGCAAAAGAAAACGACUUGGAUGUAUCUUGCCGUUCCUAUGAUAAUAUACGGAUGUGAGAGACUACUUCGUGUUUUUAGGUCUGGCUACAAAAGUGUCAAGAUUUUAAAGGUUGCAGUGUACCCAGGAAAUGUGUUGGCCUUGCAUGUGUCUAAACCUCAAGGAUUUAAGUAUCAUAGUGGACAAUAUAUUUUUGUCAACUGCAGAGAUGUCUCUCCAUUUCAAUGGCAUCCUUUCUCUAUUACAUCAGCCCCAGGAGAUGACUAUGUAAGCGUUCACAUUCGGACUUUGGGUGACUGGACAUCACAGCUUAAGACUGUUUUCGCCAAGGCAUGUCAACCAGCAAGUGGUGACCAAAGUGGCCUUCUCCGAGCUGAUAUGCUACAAGGCAACAACAUACCAAGGAUGCCAAAGCUUUUGAUUGAUGGACCUUAUGGAGCACCAGCACAAGACUACAAAGACUAUGAAGUAAUCCUUCUGGUGGGCCUUGGGAUUGGCGCUACCCCUUUGAUUAGCAUACUCAAAGAUGUGCUGAACAACAUGAAACAACAAAAAGACAUAGAAGAAGGAGAGGUAGAGAGUGGAGUUAAAAACAACAAGAGAAAGCCUUUUGCCACCAACCGGGCUUAUUUCUAUUGGGUUACUCGUGAGCAAGGUUCAUUUGAAUGGUUCAAAGGUGUGAUGGAUGAGGUUGCUGAAUACGACAAGGACGGACUAAUCGAGCUUCAUAAUUACUGCACAAGUGUGUAUGAGGAAGGAGAUGCUCGAUCAGCUUUAAUCACAAUGCUUCAGUCUCUCCAACAUGCUAAAAGUGGUGUGGAUAUAGUUUCAGGGACAAGGGUAAAGACACAUUUUGCUAAACCGAAAUGGCGUACUGUCUUUAAACAAGCAGCACUUAAACACCCUGGGAAAACAGUGGGUGUUUUCUACUGUGGGGCACAAGGCUUGGUUGGAGAACUUAAAAGACUUUCUCUUGACUUUUCCAGGAAAACCACCACUAAGUUCGAAUUUCAUAAAGAGAACUUCUAAAUUCUUUUGAUCAUAGUUCAUUUUUUUUGAUCUGUAACAUAUAUAGUUAAGGGGCAUAUAAUUAGUUCUUCAUUACUUGCUAAAUUUUUUCCCUAGAUGUAGAUGAGCUGAUAGCUGCUGCAUUUGAUCCUUGGAGCUGUAAACAUGUCUAAAAAGUAUUGUAUUCACUUUGUUGUAAAGUGAAAUAAUGUUGUUAGAUCUCACACGUCAAUGAAAUGAUUAUUGCAAUUUGCAAA